ACGAAACUGAAUGUGAGGCCUUGCCGUUUUCUCAUCGAUUGCAAGAGAAACUUUCGAAACUUCUACGGCGCGUUGACGUUCUGAAGAUAAAUUUAUUCCGUGAAAAUAGUGUAAGAUUGAAUAAAAAAUUAGAAUUUCUGUGCGGAUUAUCUUAUUCUCCGAAGAAAAUAGGUGAAAAACGUAAUUUAGUGCCAUUUUGAUAAGAAAAGUAGCUGAAUAAUAGGAAAAGUAGCAUUGAAAAGUGCUUUCAGAAAGGACUGCGACUGCAAAAAGUAGUAGAGCCGAAGAGUGGUCGAUCGAGCAGCAAGAAUCUAGAGUACCGUUGGAUUUAUCCAGGUACAAAGAUAGAUUUAUUAUUGAAACAUCGUUGAAGUGCACAAAUCGAGUGAUUCUGCCUUAGUUUCGUAUGUACGGACGUUAGUUUUACCAUGGAACAACCAACAGCGGAAGCGGUUCUCCAAGGUGUAUACACGCUGUACAAUAACCCUAACAAAGUCGAAAAAGAAAAAGCGUCAAAAUGGCUAGAAGCCUUUCAGAAAUCAAUUCACUCAUGGGAAAUAGCAGAUCAGCUCCUGCAGCAAAAAUACGAUCUUAAUUCGUGCACAUUUGCAGCACAAACAAUGCGAAACAAAAUCCAGAAUAGCUUUCAUGAGCUACCGGAAUCUGCCCACGAAUCCCUGCGACAGAGUUUACUGCAGCACAUCAGCCAUAUAACGCUUGAGACAAAACCCGUAAUAGUUACACAGUUAUCGCUGGCGCUGGCUGAUUUAGCAUUGCUGAUGUCUUCCUGGCAUAAACCUGUCGCGACUCUGUUGGAACGCUUCUCGAGCAAUCCUAACAUGAUGUACGCAGUCAUAGAACUUUUAACCCUUAUUCCGGAAGAAGUAAAUUCUCGUUACCUGCGAUUGGGCGCGAACCGAAGAAAAGAUGUUCUCACCGAUCUCGAAACAGAUUCAAGCUUAGUCAACGAUUAUUUGUUGAUGUGUUUGAUGAACUGUAACGACAAUGAAAUACUCCAAACAAAGAUUUUAAAAUGUUUUACGUCAUGGCUGCACAUAAAUGCUUUCAAAAUGGCCCAGCUGGGAGAUAACAUGAUUGUUGCAUACUCCUUCCAAGUAUUAAGUAACAUCCACUCGAAGCCAGAAAUUCACGACGCUGCAACAGAUUGCCUGUGUGCGUUACUGCAGUGCGUGGAAAUGAACAAUAAUGGGAAUGGUUUGGAUGUGAAUCUCUUCAACGGAAUUCUGAGUUUGGAGGAGGCAUAUAAUAUGUCGGUCGCACAGGAGGAUCUCGACAGAUCAAUAAACUUGUGCAGACUAUUCACCGUACUGGUAGAAAGUAAUUUGACGAGAAUGGUUGCCGGAUCGGAAGCGACAACACCCCACUUCUCCGUAAAAUCGCUGGAGCUAGUGCUCAAUUGUGUUGGGCAUUACGAUUUCGAAGUGGCGGAGAUUACGUUUAACAUGUGGUAUCGACUCAGCGAGGAUUUAUAUCAGCGAAACAACGAAACACUGACCGCACACUUCAAGCCGUACGUGGAAAGGUUAAUUGCUGCCCUUUACAAGCACUGUCAGAUGGAAUCGGAUCACGAGGGUCUGAUAGAAGAAGGAGAUUCUUUCAAGGAUUUCCGCUUCAAGGUUUCGGAGAUUAUAAAGGAUGUGAUCUUCAUCGUCAGCUCGAUUAGUUGCUUCAAGCAAAUGUUCGUCAUACUACAGAGCCCAAAUGUCACUUGGGAAUCUAGCGAAGCGGCUCUCUUCAUCAUGGAAAACGUAGCCCGAAACAUAUUACCAGAGAUAAUGCAAUUGGGAGAGCGCGACAUACCAUCGUCCAGGUUCAAUCAGCUCUGUGAGGAGAGCGAGGUUGUCCCAAAAGUGGUAGAGGCUAUCCUGAAUUUGCCCGAAAACUGCCACAUAGCCAUCCGAUACACUUCGAUUAACAUCUUAGGUGAACUUUGUGAUUGGAUCGAUUCGAAUCCGGAGACGCUGGAACCGAUUCUGAAUUUUUUGCUGUGUGCGUUGCAGCAGAAAAACGGCCUGGCGACAGCUGCUGCGAAUGCCCUGCAGUCGAUUUGUUCAGCCUGCAAAAAACACAUGCUUGGUCACAUCAGCGGACUGAUGGAAAUUGCGCGUUGCUUAGACGGGUUUGAAAUUCAAACCGAAUCGGCAAUUGGUUUGCUGAAGGGCAUAUCCAUUAUAAUAGGUCGAUUGCCACAUGCACAAUUGACAACGGCGAUGCAAGAGCUCUGCAACUUCCAGGUGCAAGCACUCAAUCAGUUAACCAGCGUGGAAGAUGAUGGACUCGGUGUGAAAAAGGAUCGCCACGAUCCCGUAUUUUGGGUGGACCGCUUAGCUUCAAUCUAUCGGCAUGUAAACCCAACAGUUUUGGUUAACGAAGUGAAUCCGUGCGUUUAUGUGAUUGUUAACAACUGGAGUGUGUUGUCACGUGCGAUGGAAUGUUACAAAAACGAUUCCAAAAUAAUGGAACGAAUAGUUAGGUGUAUUCGCUAUGCCAUUCGCUGCAUCGGAAAACAAGCUAUGCCAAUUUUGGAACCCUUGGUGAAACAAAUUAUCACAAUUUACUCAGGCCACAACCACAGUUGUUUGCUGUACUUAGGAAGCAUUUUAGUAGAUGAAUUUGCUUGCGAAACCAGCUGCAUACAGGGACUAUUGAAUAUGCUACAAGCAUUUAUUGAGCCAACUUUCCAAGUACUGCAAAUGGAAAAUGGUUUGAAAAAUCACCCUGAUAUGGUAGAUGAUUUCUUUCGACUAGUGGCGCGUUUUAUUCAGCGUUCGCCAUUCCAGCUACUGCAGAGUCCUUUAGUAACGCCAAUAAUACAAUGUGGUCUACUAGCCUGUACUCUUGAUCAUCGAGAUGCUAACCUCUCCGUGAUGCGUUUCUUCUGCAGUUUGCUGAGCUAUGGCCGGCACGAUCGGGCAGAUGAAUUACGAUCGAUAGUUCAUAGCAUAUUAUUGCAACACGGUGAAUCAUUGAUCAUGAAUCUGUUGUAUGCUUCUGUGUUUUGCCUGCAUUCGUACAUGCUUUCCGAUGUGGCCGAUGUGUUCGUCGAGAUUAAACAGCUUAAUCCUCAGCAGUUGGAGGGCUACGUACGAAAAGCGGUUGAUGCUCUGCCAAAAAAGAAUAGUGGAGGUUGCGUAACAGUCACCAAUGAACAGAUGAUAGAAUUCGUUGAAAGUAUCGUAAAAUCUGAAACACCGAGAGCGGUAACACAAGCUUUACAAGAGUUCUCACGGUUAUACCGAUAAGCCACAGAGAUACGAGACUCGCUGUGUAUGGAACAUUUUUAUACGAUCAACAGCCUGCAUGCGAGCGCAUUUGACUUUGACAAGAAAGUUGUUUAUGGUGUAUAUAAACUAGUGCUGAUGAAAGUUUAACUGUAUUCCUACUUGAUGCAGGAAAUAUUCUAUAUAGUUAACCAUAAAAAAGAAUGCAUUGGAUGGCGAGAUUAGUGUCAAUGAUUAAUAGUAGAAAAAUCAACACUACUCGCAAAAACGGCGCGAGUGAUCAUUUUAGGAAAAGUCUAAUAUAAAUAAAAAUACAAGACUAAAAUUGUAGGAUGAUAUUGAAUAAAAAUUGACAUUUAUUGAA